GACCAACGAACCGACGAACCAAACGCUUCGAUCCCUCGACUACUGCCAACUAUUGUUUCAGAGACGAAUCUUUUUCAAGCUCCGUUCUUAAACUUGCGAAUUAACCCUCGAAUUCUCUUCCGUUCUUCGCCAACGCGAGUCAGUCACGCGCCUCUUUAUCGAAAAGCAAAUUUUUCCAACGAUUAACUCGUCAAAGAUAACGCCGCGAAAGCGUACAAUUAACACUAAAUUCUACCAUAACUUUCGAACCAUUUGCGUACAUAAAUUCCGCGAUAGUCGCUCAGCCUUCGUUCGGCGGAACGGUCGCUUGGAAGUGCGCUAUGCCACUACCCCUCGUUUGUCUUUUUCUCCUCGUGGGAACGAGCGGACUGGAACUACCCUCGGAAGAUCGCAUCGUCGAUGGAGCUCCUAUCAAUAUCACCGACGUACCGUACAUGUUAUCGUACAUGGUUGACGGCAAUCACGCAUGCGGCGCUGCUAUUAUCGAUAAAGAAUGGGGGCUAACGGCUGCUCAUUGCGUCAUUCCAUUCGUGGGCACCACCGAUUCCAUAAGCGUCCGUUCUGGGUCCAACACGUACGACUCUGGAGGUACCGUGCACAACGUCACGCAGCUUAUUUACCACGAAAAGUACAAUGACUCGACCAACGAGUACGACAUCGCGGUUCUGAAGGAGUGGGAUCCCAUACUGUCCAACACUCUCCAAUACGUCAUCGUGCCGAAAGUGAAGUGGGAGACCUGCGCGGACGAAUACAAGGACAGGUACGAUCUGACGCCGUAUCAGGUGUGCUACGGAUUCGAACAAGGAGGGAAAGAUUCCUGCAAGGGUGACUCCGGAGGGCCGUUGGUUAACAUCAAUCAUACAAUAAUCGGAAUAACAUCCUGGGGCUCCGGGUGCGGGGAAUCCUACUCGCCUGGUGUAUACACGGACGUGAUCGGUCUGAUAGAUUGGAUCAAGCAUAAAAUUAGCAAUUGAAAUGUACCAAUAAAAA